GGAAGUGAGGUCACCAGGAGCGCGUUCAUGUUAUUAUUGUUAUUUUGGUAGCUGGCAGUGUGAUGAGACGCACUGGAGAGCCGUCGGGCUCAAAGACUAGGUUAUUGCUCUUCCAGGCCGCCCCGGACUAAGCACCAAUCCCGGAGAAAGAAGCCCUGUUGCCGGCAGGGGAGAGCACCCAGCCCAGGCUCCUCUCCCACCAGCAGCCCUUCAAACGACACAGGCUACAAAAACAAUACGGUAUCCGACAAACCUAACGCUGGCCCCAGACGUGUUGUGUACGGUAACACCCUCCGCAGUACGGUAACACCCUCCGCAGAUAUGAACGGCAUCACCAAGGGCAGGUUUGAGGUGUUUUCCAACAGUGAUGAAGCUCCCAUUAACAAGAAGCUUCCCAAGGAGCUGCUGCUCAGAAUCUUCUCCAACCUGGAUGUGAUCACAUUGUGCAGGUGUGCCCAGGUGUCCAAGGCGUGGAAUGUCCUGGCCUUGGAUGGUAGUAACUGGCAGAAGAUUGACCUGUUCAACUUCCAGACAGACAUAGAGGGUAGAGUAGUGGAGAACAUCUCUAAGCGAUGUGGAGGCUUCCUGAGGCAGCUGAGUUUGAGGGGAUGUAUCAGUGUGGGAGACGCAUCCAUGAGGACGUUUUCCCUGAACUGCCGUAGCAUUGAGGUGUUGAACCUGAACGGCUGCACUAAGAUCACAGACAGCACCUGUCUCAGCCUCUCCAAGUUCUGCUGCAAACUCAAACAGCUGGACCUCACCUCCUGUGUGUCUGUUACCAACCACUCCCUCAAAGCUCUCAGUGAUGGCUGUAGUAUGUUGGAGACAUUAAACCUGUCGUGGUGUGACCAGAUCACCAGAGAUGGCAUCGAGGCUCUGACCAGGGGCUGUAACAACCUACAAGCCCUGUUCCUACGUGGCUGCACACAGUUGGAGGAUGGAGCACUGAAACCGCUUCAGAAACACUGUCCUGAACUAACCACUAUCAACAUGCAGACCUGCUCACAGAUAACUGAUGAUGGCUUGGUCAGCCUGUGUCGGGGGUGCCACAAACUGCAGAUGCUGUGUAUCUCUGGCUGCAGUAACAUUACAGACGCCUCUCUCACCGCUCUGGGCCUCAACUGCCCCCGACUCAAGAUCUUGGAAGCAGCACGGUGUGCACAUGUUACAGACGCUGGGUUUACUGUACUGGCCAGGCAUUGUCAUGAGAUGGAAAAAAUGGAUUUAGAAGAAUGUGUUUUGGUGACUGACAACACUCUAGUUCAGCUCGCUAUUCACUGCCCUCGUCUGCAAGCACUGUCCCUCUCCCACUGUGAGCUGAUAACUGACGAAGGUAUCAGGGCGCUGAGCAGCAGUGUGUGUGGACAGGAGCACCUCACCGUGGUGGAGUUGGAUAACUGCCCUCUGAUCACAGACGGGACUCUGGAGCACCUGAAGAACUGCCACCGUCUGGAGAGGAUAGAACUCUACGACUGCCAGCAGGUCACCAGGGCCGGCAUCAAACGCAUACGGGCCCAUCUCCCAGAGAUAAAGGUCCACGCCUACUUUGCCCCGGUGACGCCCCCUCCCUCUGUGCACGGCGGGGGCCAUAGGUUGUGUCGCUGCUGCGUCAUCCUCUGACAGUGGAGGACCCGGGGGGGGGGCAGCUCUGUCUACAGGGCCUACUGCUGUGACCCCCACCCCCAACAACAAUAACCCACCGCCAUGGGAUGAGACCGACCCUGAACCCCGCCACGACGACACAACACCCUGAACCCCGCCACAACACCCUGAACCCCGCCACGACGACACAACACCCUGAACCCCGCCACUACGACACAACACCCUGAACCCCGCCACUACGACACAACACCCUGAACCCCGCCACGACUACACAACACCCUGAACCCCGCCACGACUACACAACACCCUGAACCCCGCCACGACUACACAACACCCUGAACCCCGCCACGAUGACACAACACCCUGAACCCCGCCACGACUACACAACACCCUGAACCCCGCCACGACGACACAACACCCUGAACCCCGCCACGACUACACAACACCCUGAACCCCGCCACGAUGACACAACACCCUGAACCCCGCCACGACUACACAACACCCUGAACCCCGCCACGACAACACAACACCCUGAACCCCGCCACGACGACACAACACCCUGAACCCCACCACGACUACACAACACCCUGAACCCCGCCACGACAACACAACACCCUGAACCCCACCACGACUACACAACACCCUGAACCCCGCCACGACAACACAACACCCUGAACCCCGCCACGACGACACAACACCCUGAACCCCGCCACGACAACACAACACCCUGAACCUAUAACCGCAAGGUCGUGUUCACUAGGCACUAAACAGGAUAUUUUUGAAAAUGGUUCUUCCCAAACUUUUCCCAAUGAUUAAACAAAAUUGUUACUUUUAAUGUUAAAUGUUUUUCUACGGUCCCCCCCCAAUCCCCCCAUCACUACUGGUCUCUGACCAAUACCCUGGACAUGGACCCCCAUCGCUACUGAUCUCUGAUCCAAACAGACUGAUCACUACUGGUCUCUGAUCCAUACAGACUGAUCGAUCACUACUGGUCUCUGAUCCAUACAGACUGAUCGAUCACUACUGGUCUCUGAUCCAUACAGACUGAUCGAUCACUACUGGUCUCUGAUCCAUACAGAAAGAUUGAUCACUACUGGUCUCUGAUCCAUAAAGACUGAUUGAUCACUACUGAUAAAUUAUCAAUUGGACUCUUUCUGAGGUUCCUAUUCAUGGGAGGAGGGGUGGGGUCUUCUCUCUGACAGAACUCUGAGUCGACCAUCACUCACUUUCCAGAGCCCAGACCCCUCCUCUCCAAAACUACCCUCACCUUCCAGACCCCUCCUCUCCAAAACUACCCUCACCUUCCAGACCCCUCCUCUCCAAAACUACCCGCACCUUCCAGACCCCUCCUCUCCAAAACUACCCGCACCUUCCAGACCCCUCCUCUCCAAAACUACCCUCACCUUCCAGACCCCUCCUCUCCAAAACUACCCUCACCUUCCAGACCCCUCCUCUCCAAAACUACCCUCACCUUCCAGACCCCUCCUCU